AUGAACGACCAUGGCGCGUCGUCGGUGAGGCAUGAGUACUUGUCCUGUGCGGUGAAUCGCACGCCGCAUCAGGCCGAAUGGCUCACUGUGACGGACGAACAUGGUACGGAGCACGACGUACUGGUAUUUGGUGUCCACAAGGCAUUUGCCAUGGCCGUAUCUCCCUGUGAUCCCAUGUCACAAGUGCAGUACAAAUGGGCCACCAACUUUGCACAUGAGGUCCAUGUGCUUCGCACGCUAGAGAAGCCUGGAGAGCAGCCGCGUGUCCUUCUCGGAUCGUACGGCGGUGCGCUGGAAGUGUGGCAGGCGCGCCCUUCUUCAUCGCUGCCUGUGACGUGGACCUGCGAGGCGAGUGUGCCGGAUGCUCACACAGCCGCAAUCACAGCGAUCGGUGUCGUGCGUGAUCCGUACUCCCGCGAGCAUGCAUCCAACGUCUUUGUGACAGGCAGCUCUGACUCUCAUUUGCAUGUAUGGGACGUAGCGAGCAUGCAGUGCGUGCAAACCAUCUCGCUGGAUGGUGCGUUCCCGAUGGAUAUUGCGUUGGUUCGCAUGCCUGGGCCCGCUCCAGUGAUGCUAAUGGCCGUAGCGCUGACGGAAAAGCGGUUGUUUCUGUACCAGCGAGACGGCGAUGCGCCAUUUACGUUGUGCCUCCGUCUCGAAGGGCAUACAGACUGGCCACGUGCGCUUGAUUUCACCGUGGCAGCGGAUGUGCACCGCCCGACAGAGCUGAGUGUGUACUUGGCGUCAGCAUCGCAAGAUUCCCAUAUUCGACUAUGGAAAUGGCAGACGGAUGUGAGCGGCAGCUGCGGCGAUACCAACGACACUACGCCACGCGACACGUUUGAAGAGAUGGCACAGGAUCUCAUGCCCGACGAUCAGGGCAUCAAGACCAAGACGCAUUGGCUUACGAUGGGUGGACGCCCCUGGGCCUUGUCCCUGGACGCGCUACUGCUGGGCCAUGAUGCGUGGGUCACCGAUGUGCGUUGGUGCCCGACGCGCGCAGGCACAGCGCCACGAGCCGUGCUUCUUUCUAGCUCGGUGGACAAUAGUGUGAUGAUGUGGUCCCCGCAUGUGCUUUCAUCUGAUGCGACGUCGGCCUGGUGUGCGUUGUCGGACCCUGAGGCUGCGCAGUCCAUGUGGCUGCCGAUGCACCGUCUGGGCGACGUAGGCAGUCUGAGUGGCGGCUUCCUUGGCGCCCGUUGGCAUCCCUCGUCGGCAUGGCAUACGCCGGCGGUGGCUGCCCACGAUCGGCAGGGUGCCUUGCAUGUGUGGCAGCGAUCGGCCGACAAGAAGUGGGCACCACUGUGGACCGUGUCAGGCCACGCAGGUGCUGCCCAGAGCGUAGCUUGGGAGCCACUAGGCGACUAUUUCCUCAGUACAGGCCUGGAUCGGACGACGCGGCUGCAUGGGACAUGGCACAAUGCCGACACGCGAACCUGGCAUGAACUCGCACGCCCUCAAACGCACGGCUACGAUAUGCACGAUGCCGCGUGGCUCGAUCGUACGACGUUUGUGAGUGCCGCCGACGAGAAAGUGUUGCGUGUGUUUGGCGCGCCGCAGGCGUUUGUGACAAGCGCACAGCAGCUUCGCACCUUCCAGACUAUGCCCCAAACACGGCAUGUGCUUGCUUUGGAGGUGCGUGAACGUGCACAGUGGCACCAAGGCGAAGCGCUUCGUGACGCUAUGUAUGCAGCGAUGGAAAGCCGGCCAGCCGCCCUCUCUGUGCUGGUGUUUGCCGAGGCGUUGCACGACUGCACUCGCGCCUGGCCCUCGUCCACCUGCUCCUUACGCGAUGUCGAAGCUCUGCUUCAGCAGCUGUAUUUGCAGGCAUGGGCCGCGGCGGUAGCGCAGGAUCACCUCCUGGCAGAUAUCACUGUGUACAUCCUUCCUGCCGCCUCUUCUACGCCGCAAGCCCAGGCGCUUGUGACGCAGUGGGCACGUACGCAUACCAUGGUGCAAGGGCUGUGGGACGUCGAAGGGGCUUUCCGCCCAGCGUCGUCCUGGUCCGUAUGGCCGUUGCCCGUACACACGGUGCCACUUGGCCCAUGCUCCAGCGACGUACCACCCAUGGAGUAUACCAGUGCCGCGCAAGGUCCCGUCGUCGCGGUCGGCGGCACCUUUGACCACUUGCACAUUGGCCACAAACUGCUCCUGAGCAUGGCCGCGCUCUGCGCUACAGACACUCUGAUUGUCGGCGUGACAGGGCCUGAGCUGCUUACCUCGAAGAAACAUCGCGAGUACGUCGAAUCCAUCGAGCAUCGCCAAGCGGCUGUGCGUCACUUUGUGCGCGAUCUCCGAUCGACAAUCGCUCCGCUGCAUACGGACUGCGUCGCGAUUCACGACGUAUGUGGUCCAGCUGGGACCGCCGAGGCGCUUCGUGUGCUGGUCCUCACGGAGGAAACGGUGAGUGGUGGCCAGGUCAUUGCCGAUACGCGCGCGAAGAACGGCGUGCCGCCUGUCCACACCUAUGUCGUGCGCCUGGUCGAUGCGCAUGGCAACGCCUCAUCGACUGCAGCCAGCAAAGUGGGCAGCACAGGUAUUCGUGCGUGGCUGGCUGCGAAGCACAUAGAGCCGGGCAUGGAAGCGACGCAGCUCCUGGGUGGCGCCCUAGAAACACGCGCCUCUGCUGCACAUGUUCCUCCGCUGGGCCUAUCGAAUCGCGCGGUAGAAUCUUCGUCGUCGUCGUCCGAUGUGGCUACCCCGACGUUCACUACGCCGCCCGGCCCUGAAUCGUUGGCUUCGCUGACUCUCUGGCCGGAGCUGGAAAAGCUCUAUGGCCAUGGCUACGAGCUUUUGAGCGUCGCGAUUGAUCCUGUGACGCAGCUUAUUGCCAGUACAUGCAAAGCGACUACGGCGACGCAUGCUGUCGUCCGCCUCUUCGACGGCCAAGCGCGCUUCAAGCCAUGUGGCUCGCCGCUCGAGGGGCAUGCACUUUCGAUUACGCGCGUCGCCUUCUCCCCCGAUGGCCGCUACUUGCUUUCUGUGAGCCGCGAUCGAUCCUGGCGCGUGUUUGUGCGGCACGCCGACGAGUAUGUCCCGUGGAUCGGCGAGCGAGCCCACGCACGUAUUUUGUGGGAUGGCGCCUGGGCAUGGGAGGCGCCAUCGACACUCUUUGCCACCGCUUCGCGCGACAAAACGGUCAAAGUAUGGUCGCUUAUCCCUGACACUUCCAAGCCCUACACGUUAUGCGCGACCCUCGCAUUGAAGGAUGCUGUAACGUGCGUGGCGUGGGGUCCUCAGCAUACAUUGGCCGUGGGCUUAGAAGGCGGAGAUGUCGUGGUGUACACGGCAGAGCGCACGACGUCGUCUACGUAUGAAUGGCGUGUACAAUUCACUCUCUCGCGGCAUCAUACAGGCACCGUGCAUCGCUUGGCUUUCCGCCCGCCGGGCGCCUGGGAAGACUCGUAUCAUCAGGUGUCCUAUCAACUUCUAUCGGCCGGCGACGAUGGCUGCGUGCGUCUCGUGUCGUGGCCAUAG